AUUUGUGAAGGAAAUAGAAAUAUAUAGAGAACGUUUUUGCCGGUAAACAAAAAAGAAUUUAUCGCCCAGGAAUUCAACCAUCUGAUGCUGAAAGGUGGUUUUCAAAUUAAACAAGUGGCUAAGUACUUCUGCACUAUGACCACUGGAGUAUCAUUAUCACGGAUAAUUUCAUUACUAGAAGCAUUUGCACCCAUCAAAUACGCCGAAAGUUGGGACAAUGUUGGCCUGCUUAUAGAGCCGUACCGUAAACCAUUGAAUGUAAACAAAAUCCUACUGACCAAUGACUUAACGGAACCGGUGAUGCAGGAAGCAAUUGAAAAAUCAACUAAUAUGAUAAUAGCUUAUCAUCCCCCGAUCUUUGCACCUUUAAAACGAAUCAUACAAACCGAUUGGAAACAACGGAUUGUGUCAAUGUGUUUAGCAGAAUCGAUUGCCGUUUAUUCGCCACACACAGCUUGGGACGUAGUACCAGGUGGAGUCAAUGAGUGGCUUGCUCGUGCUCUACCGUAUGAAAAUAUGACACCUAUUAGGCUCUUAUCGAAUUGCUCCGAACCAAAUGUCGGACUUGGUCGUAUAUUCUCGACCAGUCUUACGUUAAAAGAAGCUAUAGCAGCCGUACAACUGCACAUUGGUCUCGAUGUACACGUGGCUUUCGGUAAUCGACAUACAUUGAAAACUAAAAUUAUUACCGUCGCCGUGUGUGCGGGAUCAGGUUCUUCAUUGCUGAGAGGUGUCAAAGCGGAUUUGUAUAUAACCGGCGAAAUGUCACAUCAUGAAUUAAUUGAAGCCAACCAAAACAAUGUAUCGGUCAUAUUGUGUAAUCAUAGCAAUUCUGAAAGAGGUUUUCUUAAAAGCUUUCAACCUAAAUUGCAAGAGACCUUGAAAAAUGACUGCGAAAUCAUCAUUUCCGAUAAGGAUGCUGAUCCUUUAGUAACAUUUCACAAAGCUGAAUCAAAAUGUCAAAUUGAAAUAUCGUGAAGUCAUAAAAAUUGUUAAGCGUUUUUCAAAAAGCAAAUUCAAUUUAAAUAUGCAAGAUGCAUUUAUCCAAUAAAUUCAUUCAAAUCUACAACGGGAACAUUUGAUAGAACUUUGCUUUAUAAAAGCAAAGUAUUUGUAAAGUGUUUACCGAUAAUGGCAAUAGAAGACUUAACCUCAAUUUCAAUACAGCGGAAAGUCAAAGUUAUCAUUACGCAUGCAUUCAUCCACAUGUACUUGUUCAAUAGCAAAAAAAAAUAAAAAUUCAACAAGGAUCAAAGGAUAAACUGUGGUACCAUGCUUCAAAUAAAAUCUAAUCUAAAUCUAUUUUAUUUGGGUUAAAAUUGUGACAUUUGCGUAAUGGAAUUGUUCACGUUCGUUGAAUUCGCGGAUUUUGAAAUACGAGUUAAGAACUUCGCUUCAAAUAUUAAUAACCUUUUUAGCUAAUAAAAUUUACUUAAAGAAGAAAACGUGAAAGAGUUGUAGUGGGCUACGGCCCACCGUUAAAUACCUUACGCGACUUACUAUUAUUCUAAUGCUCGGGUUAAAGUAGAAGCCGAUGUCUUCAUGUUUGCAAUCAAGCGCAUGCUUACACAGCCAUCCCACAGACAGACGGACAGGGAUGCUUAACACAUUGCUGAUCAAAAAUAUAUAUACACUUUAUGUGAAUUCUGAAGCUCCCCUCGGAAUGUUGCAAAAAUUUUCACAAAUAUCCUUCCCUUCGAUGGUGGGUAUGAAAAUGAGACGGUUGACAUGUAUAUAUUUAUAGAUUUUCGCUUCAAUGCGAUUUUAAUAGAGUAAACUUCAACUCUAAUCCCCUGAGCAAAACAGAAAAAAACCACCAACAGAAAAUACGAAAUAAGAUCAAAUUCAUUCUGAGAUUAAAAAGUCGAUAGCGAAUGGACAUUAAGACUCUUCUGCACCGCCCAAGGAUAUAUGUAUAUAUUUAGUGCUUACAUAACAUCAUACAUUCCUUUAUUUUUCACUUCAACCAAAUAAUUUCUCUCUUUUAACCCAUUAACUGUAUAUGACGAAUACAAAUGUCAUGAUCCGUCCAUCUUUCCUUGUCGGAUUUCCUCAUCAAGUUAAAUCAUUAUGAAUGUGUAUUUGCCAUAAUAGAGUAUCUUAGAUAGCGCGUAUGUCAUUUGAUCAAGUUACUUCAUUGCAAUCUAAUUUCGUAUUACGUAUAUUUCAGUUUAUGUAUGACGAGUACGCUCGCCAUAGGCGAAAUUCUGCAACGCAAAUUAAAUGCACAUUUUCCAAAGAUGUUAAUACAACUGAUUAAGUAGAAGCUCGAGUGUGAGUCGAUAUUUAAAAUAAAAUUUUGAACACAUGAAAGCAAGGGAACGGAUAUUUUCGAUACAUUUCGGUUUUCUUAUUUCCGAAAAUGCAAAUUUCAAUUGGCUUUAAGUAAGCAGCACGAGAAUGUGUACCAAAAAUAGUAUGCAAUGGUAUUAGUUACGAAAUCGCUUUUCAUUUUGAUCUGCUGAGCUCAUUCAAAUCAAUGUGAAUCGGACUGCGAUCGAAAUUCAACGACUACAAAACUCGAACAAAUGCUUUAACAACGAUGCAAUAUUUGAUGACCUCAUCAAUGCGUAUAUGUGUGUCCUGCUGCAAUAUCCUGUAGGUGCAAAUAAUAGGCAUUUAUAGACAGUUCAAUAAUAUCAGCUUCUAUAUUUUGAAAUGAAAACAAAUCUUUUGAUUAAGAUUUAUUCAAAAGAAUAUAAAAUACUUUAGCGAUAAUAUAAU